UGACCUAAACAAAAUCUCCUUCUAGGGAGAAGAGCUUUUACAUAGAGACCAUAAAACCUAAACUUGUUCCUUUCCCCAACUCCUCAAAAUACUCACUUUCACUCUAACCUGAGCUGAACAGAGCUUCUCAACUUCAUCAUCAAUGGCGAUUCUUCAAAGAUCUGUAUCACUCACUCUCAUUUUAUUCCUCUUCAACAUUUUAGUAAACGACGUCGUUUUGGCCGAAGCAACAACCCUAACACUACUCAACAAGUGUUCCUACACAGUCUGGCCAGGGAUCCAACCCGGAGCCGGCUCACCCAUCUUGGCUCGCGGCGGCUUCAAGCUCGGACCCAACAAAGCCUACUCCCUCCGCCUUCCACCGCUCUGGUCCGGCCGAUUCUGGGGCCGUCACGGCUGCACAUUCGACGCUUCCGGCCACGGCCACUGCGCCACCGGAGAUUGCGGCGGAGCUCUCUUCUGCGCCGGAACCGGGGGCUCUCCACCGGCUACAUUAGCCGAGAUCACACUCGGUAACGAACAAGAUUUCUAUGACGUCAGCCUCGUUGAUGGUUAUAACCUCGGGAUCUCGAUUACUACUUCCCGAUCUGGCGGCGGCGCGCCGGGAAAGUGUAGCUACGCCGGGUGUAUAAGCGAUCUUAAUGUGAUGUGUCCGGCUAGUCUUCAAGUUCGUUCAGCCGAUGGGAGGCGCGUGGUGGCUUGUAAGAGCGCGUGUUCGGCUUUUAAUUCGCCGAGGUAUUGUUGUACCGGAAAAUACGGGAGCCCUCAGUCGUGUAAGCCGACGGCUUAUUCGAAGAUAUUUAAGGCGGCUUGUCCUAAGGCUUAUUCUUAUGCUUAUGAUGAUCCAACUAGUAUUGCUACUUGUACACGUGGCAACUAUUUGGUUACCUUUUGCCCUCGCCAUCACCGUUGAUUUAGAUCUAUUUAUUUAUUUUGAUAUUUUUAUUUUAUUAUUAUAGGUUAAUUAAGUUAAUGAAGAAUAUUCUGCUUAUUAAGUAUUAUUAUAUAUAUAAUUUAUUAGUAUUAUUAUCAUAGUUGAGUAAUGAUUCUGGCUUUUGUUGUAUUGAUGAGAUUAUAUGUAUUAAGUAACUUAGUAGAAGUAUUACUAUUAAUUGAUGUUUUUAA